UCACUUUUGACAAGGUAUAGGCCCAGCUGUGUCUCAGUUCAGGUGCCGCAUCCUUCGAAGGCUGCAUAUGAAGACCAAAUGCGGCCUUCUUUUCUUGAGUUUGGAGGAUCCAACGGGUGGAUCCUUGGCGGUCAAACAUAUCCCUAGAUGCAUUGCGCGUUGCAUUGGGACACGAGCGGCAUACCACUCUAGUAACGGGCAUAUACCGCUGAGCAACUAGUGGCUUACCAUCAGCCACUUUUCUACAAUACAGCUACUUCUACUGAGUCUAAUAAAACUCGGACUCUAAACGUUCAUAAACUAUAGACGUCAUUUCAUUUAUUAUCAAUGAUGAACCCCACAAAGAAGAUUAUAUCGUUUUUAAACAGUACGUUGCUGUAGAAAUCAUUACAAUGGCAGCUAUUUUUCCCUUUAGCUGUGCGCGCUCCCGCGAGGUGCAUGCAAUUCUCGGCGGGCAGGCACAACACAACACUUAUGAAUAAAUACUGUAUCUAAUGAAUGAAUGUACCUCCUAACUUGUGAUUGGAUUAUGUAGAUCACAUGUAAAGUUAUAACCAGGAAGUGCUGCUGUUGUCAAGCCAAUACAUUCAUGGAUGAAAGUAUGGGGGGAUAGUAAAGCCGCAGAAGAGAUAACAUUCUCCAUCCAGCGCGUGCUAAAGUUUCUAACCCCCCGUGUAACAAAUUAGCAAUGCGUAGCUGUUAUUUUCAGUUCCGCGUGUGAGUGCCAGACUCGCGUUAGCUGUGCAGAUAAACCGCAUUUUGCCAUUAAAAAGUGAUGUUCAUACUUGAGGCGGAAGUUGUUAAACGUCGACAUCCCCGUGCGUGCGUGCGUGCGUGUGUGUGCUCGCGUACACGUGCGUGUGUGUUUGUAGGUGUGUGUGAGCCAAUGUGAAGUGAUGGAAGCAGGGGGAGAGCCGACGCUCAGAGAGGAAUGAGAACUCGUCGGGGAUGGCGGACAAACCUCUGACAGUGUUUGUGAAGCUGUUUGCCGCUGGAUUUUACGGUGUGAGCUCGUUUCUCAUCGUCGUGGUGAACAAAAGUGUCCUCACAAACUACAGGUUCCCUUCUUCAAUAUGUGUCGGAAUUGGACAAAUGUUGGCCACAGUGGUUGUACUGUGGGUGGGCAAGGCUGCGAGGGUGAUCAGCUUCCCAGACUGUGAUGAGAGCAUACCUCGCAAGGCGUUUCCUCUACCUCUACUUUAUGUGGGAAAUCAAAUCACUGGUCUGUUUGGAACCAAAAGGCUGAAUCUGCCAAUGUUUACUGUCCUCAGGAGGUUCUCCAUCUUAUUCACAAUGCUGGCUGAGGGAUUACUGCUCAAGAAGAAAUUCUCCAGGCCAGUCCAGCUGACAGUAUUUACAAUGAUCCUCGGGGCGUUUAUAGCUGCAAGUGCUGACUUGUCUUUUGACCUGCAAGGCUACGUGUUCAUUCUCCUGAACGAUGUGUUGACUGCAGCCAACGGAGCCUAUGUGAAACAAAAAUUGGAUGCAAAGGAGUUGGGGAAGUAUGGAUUGUUGUAUUAUAAUGCAUUAUUUAUGCUAAUUCCUACUCUACUGUUGGCUCAUGUGACUGGAGAUGUGCAGAAGGCAGUGGAAUAUGAUGGUUGGUCAGAUGCGUUUUUCCUCGCCCAGUUCAUCCUCUCUUGCAUCAUGGGGUUUGUUCUGAUGUAUUCCACUGUCCUUUGUACACAAUACAACUCUGCAUUAACAACUACGAUAGUGGGCUGCAUCAAGAAUGUCGUGGUGACAUACAUUGGGAUGGUGUUCAGUGGAGACUACAUUUUCUCUUGGACAAACUUCAUAGGUUUGAAUAUCAGUAUUGCAGGCAGCCUGGUGUAUUCAUACAUCACUCUAACAGAAGAGCAGUCCAACAAAGCAAGUGAAAGCACCAAGCUGGACAUCAAGGGCAAGGUGGUUGUAUGACAGAGACACUGGAUUUAAUUAUUUUUAUGCUGAUGAACAGGAAAACUCUAUUUUUAGUACGACUUUUAUUUAUGGAGUAUUUUAGCAGCGAAGGCGUGGGAUUGAUGGAAAUGGUGUUGCGGAAACUACCUUUCUGUGUUUUCGUGGAAAUGGAGCCACGCCGUCACCCUGACCCUCCUGCUGUUGACAUGGUUACGAACCCUCCAGAGGGACUCUGGGUUGAUUUUUAUGGUGGUGUUUUUAAAUAUUUGUAUUUUGAUACUGUACAUGUGAGCGUCGAGAAGAAGGGAAACAUGGAACCAAUAUUAUUUAUAUUACAACAUUUCCUGACAUUUAGACAAACUGAAUGUUAAAAGCAAUGUUGGGAUGAUGUAGUGUUUCCACACAGGAGUGAACAGCUGGAAUUAUCAAUUGUUUUAAGCAUGGGUGUGUACUGGCGAAUCAUGGGGAAAUUAAGUAAAGGUUAUUUUAAAGGAACAAUCCUUACUUUUUUAUUGCCUUUUCUGGUUUGCUGUUUACAAGGAAUUUAACUUUAGAUGCCUUCUAAGCACAGUGAGAUGCACUGACACUGUCAUUAUCUGUUGUUUCAGUCAUAAGUACAUUUCUUUUUAUUUUUGCGCAAACACUGUUAUAAGCUUGUUACAGACAAACAGUAAGGACAGUGAUCUAACCUCAUCCUUCAAACAACCAAAGUGGAUGGGCAGUGGGCUGUCAGUUCCCAUCAUGCAAUGUGGCUUUAAUUAAUGUUCCUGCCUCCUUUUGGGAGAUAAUUUAAGAUGACUGUUUACAUUUUGUUCCUUCAGUAUUACAGAAUGGUUGUUGUGGACCCUGCAAGGCUGCAACUGGUUCUUUAUGCAGAAUUAACAAACAGUACUUAUGGUGUGUUAAUUGUACAAGGGGAUUUUUCCUUGACACGAUGUUAUCGCACUUUUAACUGAGGUAAAACCUGCAAAAGGGUGAAACUGUUUUGCCUCACCUUCUGUUACAUUCAUUGAUGAGUGAGAUUAUUAUACUUUUCUGAAAUGUAUGUUUCAGGUUUUUUAGUUUUACAAGAGAAAUAAUAGUCAGGUACAAGUAUUGACUUCUUUUUUUUUUUUUUUUUUUUUUUUUUUUUACAUUUUUAUCUACAUCGUUUCAUAUUUAUUACUUUUAUUAGACUAAUAUUCAUUCUGUAGGUGGAGUGGCACAGCAACCAUGGAUUUGUAGCAAUGAUGUAUUUUACAUUAAAAAAAACCUGUUGACAUGA